AUGCCUUCAGGAGGAGAAUCGUCAUCCAGUGCUGCUGAGACUAAACCCUCAGAGACCACAGCCACCAACUGGUGGGAAGCGUUGAGCAUCGAGAACCCUGACGAGAAUGACACCGAACUCAGCAAAACCGAGAUAAAGAAGGCUCGUAAACAAAUGCACAGCCUUCUCAUCUCUGCUGUAUGCGAAGAAAUACAACCAACAGUCGUCUCCGCCGAAAAUGCAUUCCACGCAUGGAAGGCGCUCAAAGACCUCUACGAUCGUGUCUCACCCAACACCACGAUCACCCUCCUCAGCCGCGUCCUACACACGAAGAUGCAAGAAGGCGGAUCACUGACCGAGCAUCUCGCAACCUUCGAUGCGAACUGGAAUACUCUCAAGUCCAGAUGCCAAAGCGCAGACCACAAACUCGCUGAGGCUCUCCUACCCCUCACCAAAUCCAACGAAGCCAUGGCGGCAUUCCUCCUAAGCUCGCUACCCAAAUUGAUGAGCAACGUUGUCGACAACAUCCAGACCAAACAGGAUGUUACCUACGAAGACGUACGCCAACGACUACAGAACCUGGAUGAAGUAGCCCCUCAAACAGGAAACAAAGUACUCCAUACCAGGAGUACCACAAGCGACAAGGAAUGCACCUGGUGCAAGAAAAGGGGACAGCCUUACAAAGGCCACGAGUACACAGAGUGCAGAAAGCUCAAAGAACAGAACAAGAACAGGAAGGGAAGGAGAAAGGACAACUCGGCAUCGGUUGUAGUAAAUGACUCUACAACCACUAUCUGUAUAGUACGCCACGACAUCUCCCAACCCCUUACUUGGAUCCUUGAUUCUGGAGCGACCUCUCACGUCACACCCUUCCAAUACCAACUCAUCAACAUCCGACCUCACACCGGCAAUGUCCGAACAGCUGAUGGAACUAACCACGCUGUCACCGGAAUGGGAAGCGCUAGUUUCAGCUGCCACCUUCCCGAUGGAAGUAGAUCUUCCAUUCUCCUCACCGAUGUGCUGUUGGUCCCAACCUUGGGAAAUGUGGGAUUGGUCUCCGAAACUGUGCUCGACAAAAAGGGAUUUAGAACGGAGUCAGGAGGAGGAAGCAAGUUGGUUACAAAAGAAAAGAAAGGAAUAAUUUGGGGAAAAUUGGAAAAGGGACUUUGGAAUGUACAAGUAGUUAGCAAUACAGUUCGUUUGACCACUUACGAUGAAUGGCAUCAAGCGUUAGGCCACCCUGCGACACUAGAAAACUUGUAUCACGACAUUCACAGGCUGCCUCCCAAACCAGAAAGUUUCCACUGCAGUCAAUGUGCACUAUCAAAGAGCGUACAUAAGAAACCUGCACCAAUCAGUACUAGAUCCAAACGACCAUUCGAACUAAUCCACUCAGAUCUAUCUGGAAAGUUCAGUAUACAGUCACAAGAGAAAGCUCAGUACUAUAUGUCCUUCAUCGAUGAUUACACCCGCUUCGCAUGGAUAUACCUCCUGAAACAGAAAGAAGACGCAAAGAAUGCCAUCAAGGACUACGUUACAAGGAUCGAGAAACAGUAUAGCACAACAAUACUGAGAUUCAGAACGGAUGGUGGCGGUGAAUACAUCAACAAGGACACAACGAACUACUUCCAUACACAAGGAAUAGUUCAUCAACAGACUCCACCAUACACUCCUGAAUCUAAUGGAGUUGCAGAACGAUUCAACAGGACGGUAACCACAAUGGUCAGGUGCAUGAUCAUGGACCAUCCUAAGUCGUUAUGGGGAGAAGCAUAUGCAACAGCUGUCUACCUCAAAAACAGGCUACCACACAGUACGCUUAAGGGAAAGACCCCCUUUGAAGCCCUGAAAGGAACCAAGCCAAGUAUACAACACCUUCAACCAUUCGGUAAAAAAUGCUAUGUCCACAUCCCAGAAAACUCUAGGCCAGCAGGAAGCAAACUAGCACCCCGAGCGUAUGAAGGAAUUAUAGUUGGAUACUCAGACAGUAGUAAAAUAUACCGUAUCUGGAUAGGAACACAACAUAGGGUAAUUGAAAGUCGGGACGUCACAUUCCCCCCUCCUGAAUCAGGGGAAGUCUCAGUGGAACUCGACUUCAUCCCCAGCCUGAAACCAGACAUGGCAAAUGCACCAUCAGACGACGGAUACGAGUCAGAAGACAGGUCUAACCCAGAACCCGAGUCAAAUGUAAUCGAAGAGAACCGUACAGAAAUGCCAGGAUUGUUCCCGGAAUCACCGGAACAGGUUAGAAAACCACCACCGGCUACACCACACAAGGGAAAAGAACCUGCCAUACCUAUGGGACAACCGCGAGAUCCAAGAGAUAACUGGGAGACAAUUCCAGCACCAGUCAUACCAUUCAAAGGCUUCAAAGGAAAACCACUUGCGUCAACAACACCCAAAGGUACACCACCACAACCUCCAAAACGAUCAGAUCCACCACCAGCUCCAAGACGAUCGAAUCGCGUCCGUACGAAAAUGGAUUAUGAACUUGAUAAGGAAAUAAGAAGGAAGGAAUACAACAACAAGGUAAUACAACUACAGGAACAACAAAAAGGGUACAUUGAAUCAGUUAGAGAGGACGGUCCAAUGGAUAAAGGUGAAUGUCAAGCAAUGAUUGAAGAAUUCAAAGCCGACAUCAUAAAUGCCAGAAAGGAUCUGGACCUAGAAUACCAAGAUGUAUCCAAUGAACCUGCGAUCUACCGUGUACACCUUGCGAUACAGACUGAAAAAGACGCCCUUGACAAAGCCCAAACCUGGGACAUUGUCAACCGACCAACUAACCGAGCAGUAAUCAAAGGGAAGUGGGUAUUCAAAGUGAAACACAACGCGGACGGAACAAUCGAGCGGUACAAAGCAAGGUACGUUGCCAAAGGCUUCACCCAAGUACAGUACCAAGACUACGAUGAGACCUUCGCCCCCGUUGCACGAUACGAUUCCCUACGACUCCUACUGGCACUAGCUGCACACAACGGUUGGAUACCACAACAAAUGGACGUCAAGUCAGCCUUCCUGUAUGGUGUACUCAAGGAGGAAAUCUACAUGGAACUGCCUGAAGGCUACAGGCAGGACAACAAGGUUUGUAAACUUCGAAAAUGCAUAUACGGACUAAAGCAAUCACCCCGUGAAUGGUAUGCUUGCCUAGCAGACUCCCUUCAACGGAAAGGAUUCGUCCCAGCCAAAUUCGACCCAUGCGUCUUCAUACAUAAGAACCACCAUCUAUACAUAUCGGUGUAUGUAGACGAUAUCAUGAUAUUCGGACCCGACUCCCCAUUCAGAAAAGAAAUCAGACAACUACUCAAGGCAGAUUUCGAAUGUACGGAUCUCGGUAACUCGAAGUUCAUACUGGGAAUAGAAAUAACGGUAACAAACAACGGUAUCACGCUAUCACAACGCGCAUACAUCAACAAGAUCCUGGAUAAAUUUGGAAUGAGUAACUGCAAACCAGUUGGCACACUACUCGAACCGAACCUCAACCUUCACAAAGGCGAACCGGAAGACCAAAUCGAGAAACCAACUGAGUACCAAUCCAUAAUAGGAUCACUGAUGUACGCGAGUAUAGCUACCAGACCUGAUAUCACCCAUGCCGUUACCGCUCUCUCCCAAUACUCCUCAUGUCCAACCGAGGACCACCUACGAGCAGCCAAGCGAACUCUCCGAUACCUCAACGGAACCAAAGACUGGAACCUGUUCUACCCGAAGGGGAAUACUAGAACACUCGACGGAUUCUCAGACAGUUCCUACGCUUCAGACCUAGAUGACAGAAAAUCGUUCUCAGGAUACGUGUUCAGACUAGGGAAGUCAGCUAUUAGCUGGAGAAGCCGGAAGCAGAAAUCAGUCGCAGUCUCAACAACAGAAGCCGAAUACAUGGCCCUGUCCCUCGCAGCUCGACAACUGGUAUGGAUUCGUAAUGCCUUGCACGAACUCCAACUACAAUACCGGUACUUCAUACACGCCGACAACACAGGUUCUAUUGAACUCUGUCGGAACCCACGCAUCCACGACCGGUCCAAGCACAUCGACGUUCACUAUCACUACACACGUGAACAACUCGAAGCCGGAAUCUUCGAAAUCCUCUACGUCCCUACCGAAGACAAUGUCGCGGACAUAAUAACCAAAGGACUACCAAAACCAGCUCACCAAAAAUUGUCAGAAUUGAUACGAUGUGGCAAGUGA